GAACACCAAUAUCUACAGGGAAUAGCUAACGGGUAUGGAAUACGAGUUAGUGUCCAGCAACGGAGUACAUAUCCGUUUCCGGCAGAUGAGGGUCUAUUUAUACCAGCAUCCAUGGAGUCUGAUAUUGCUCUAAAACUCAUUAAUAUAACUCGACUUGGAGGUAACUAUGGCAAAUGUAACGACGGAGUGGAAUUUCGGGCAUUGUACAACAUGUCCUAUACCAGAAGGGCUUGCCAAUCGUUUUGUCAAAUGUCUACUGUCAUUAAGACUUGCUCGUGCUAUGACGAUUAUUGGGAAGAGUUUGCUUUUAGUAACAACCCGAAACUUAAGCCGUGUAGAACCAACGACGAAAAUAAAUGUCUCGCGAGAGUUUUAAGUCAGUAUUAUGAGGGCAAUUUAACAUGCACAUGUGAUAAUCCUUGCAGCGAAUUUAGCUACACGAGAGAGAUGAGCCAGAGACAGUGGCCGUCUAAUGAAUAUGCCCGUGUCUUACUGGAAUGGGUGUGUGAUAAUGAUAUAGGCAACUGUAGAACGCUCCGUGACGAACUUAACGACUUAUGGGCAGUGAAUAACAACUUCUUGAAACUGAAUAUAUAUUAUAAAGACCUCAAUUUCGAAAAGAUCACCGAAGAACCUCAAAUUGAGAUACAAGAAUUUUUGUCUGAUGUCGGGGGAGCGAUUGGACUAUGGAUUGGACUUUCUAUAUUAAGUCUUUGUGAAGUUAUUCAACUUAUAAUGGAGUUGUGUCAUUAUGCUGGUCAUAAGAUACUCAAAAAUGGCAGAGGUAACUGAAAUAAUCGUGAAACUCAUCACCAAGGUCGUUCAUCUGACAAGGGAAUAUACAAUCUUCAAAAUGACAAAGAAAGCCGAUGGGUUGAUACAGGAUCUAGUAACAGAGGGAGAAUUAACCAAACAGAAAGCUUUUCCAACGACAGAGGAUAUCAUUCCGACAGCGACAGACGUUUCCGUAAUGAACGUUAUAAUGAUCUACGUCUCGCACCAGAUGACCCACGUGACCAUUAUGACGACAUACGUGAACGUUACUCUGAUUUUAGAAAUUUUAGACGUUUUGAAAGACCUUCUCAGUCUUAUUACUGAAGACAUUAACCAAACCACAAAAUACCGUCUAUAAAUAAUAUUGAUUAAGGUGACUAAUUUACUGAACUUUUGUGUCAAUUAGUUUACACACUUUGCUAGAAUUUCAUUGUUUUUAUGCUUCUCAUAAUGAAAUGCAUUAAAGCCGUGUCAUGACAAAACCAACAUAAUGGGUUUGCGACCAGCAAGGAUCCAGACCAGCCUGCGCAUCCGCGCAAUCUGAUCAGGAUCCAUGCUGUUACCAACCCUAUUACAAGUAUAGAAACUGAUAGCGAACAGCAUGGACCCUGAUCAGACUGCGCGGAUGCGCAGGCUGGUCUGGAUCCAUGCUGGUCGCAAAUGCAUUAUGUUGGUUUUGUCAUGACACGGCUCAUUUUACUUUACAACAAUCUUACAAGUCUCCGCUUUCAAUAAAAAGAUUUGAAUUGGUUUUUGGGUUUUUGUGUCUUUUAUAUGUGCUUAUUUCAUAUGAAAGAUUGACAUAUACAUGUAAGUUCACACCUGUAUCACCUUUUUAUAAACAUUUUAUAUUUUUAUUGUUCUUUCUUACCAAAAUCAAACUUUUUUAAAGCCACGUCCUUUUUAAAUUAUCAAUGUGUGUGCGUGUGUGUGCGCGCGCGUGUGCGUGCGUGCGUACGUAUGUUAGCGUGUGUGUGUGCUAGCUAGUGUGUUUGCAUGCGUGUGUGUUUUGUUACUUCUAUCUAACUAAAAGUCAUUCGUGUAAAAUAUGUAAAAUAAAAUGUAUUGCAUAAGGAAAGACCUGUUGCUUAUGAUGAGAGAAUUUGUGGGUCAAACUAAAUGUAUUGUUACUGCCUUUAAAUGUAUAUACAUGUUUCUUUUUUAUUUUUUUUUGU